CAGCCGUCUCCACCAUGUCCUACUAUGAGCAUAUCGUCUUUGAGGAUUACUACAAUGACACCGGCUCUGGCUCUGGCUCUGGGGAACUUGGAGUGGAUCUGGAGGAGCCCUGUGGUGUGGAGCACAUGACAACUACUGAGCUUCAGCAAGUCUUCUUGCCUGUCAUUUAUGCCCUUAUCUUCAUUCUGGGCAUCACCGGAAACGGCUUGGUUGUCGUAGUCCUAGGCUGCCAACGCAGGUCGAAAUGCAGCCUCACAGACUGGUACCGCCUGCAUCUCUCUGCUGCGGAUCUCCUCUUCGUUCUGGCUCUGCCGUUCUGGGCGGUGGAUGCAGCCUUGGCUGACUGGCGUUUCGGAGCUGCCACCUGCAUUGGAGUGCAUGUCAUCUACACGGUCAACCUGUACGGCAGCGUGCUCAUCCUGGCAUUCAUCAGCCUGGACCGCUACCUUGCGGUGGUCCGAGCCACGGACACCAACACUAGUGGGCUGAGGCAGCUGCUGGCUCACAAACUGGUGUAUGUAGGUGCCUGGUUGCCCGCUGGCCUGCUGGCAGUGCCAGAUUUGAUAUUUGCCCGCACUCAGGAAGGAGGAGAGGGGUCAACUCUGUGCCAGAGAUUCUACCCAGAAGAAAAUGCUCCUCUCUGGGUUGCAGUCUUCCACCUCCAGCUCGUCCUGGUGGGUCUGUUGAUCCCUGGGCUGGUGCUCCUGGUGUGUUACUGCGUCAUUGUCACCAGGCUGACCCGUGGCCCACUGGGGGGCCAGAGGCAGAAGCGACGGGCGGUCAGGACUACCAUCGCGCUGGUGCUCUGCUUCUUCGUGUGUUGGCUCCCUUAUGGAGCGGGCAUUUCUGUGGACGCUCUGCUGCGGUUGGAAGUCCUGCCCCGCAGCUGCAGGCUGGAAGCUGCUUUAGGCGUGUGGCUGUCGGUAGCUGAGCCCAUGGCGUUCGCUCACUGUUGCCUGAACCCACUGCUGUACGCCUUCCUCGGGGCCGGGUUCAAGAAUUCGGCCCGCAGAGCUCUCACUCUG